UUAGAUGGCGCUACGCACCAAAUCAGGACUGCAUUACAACACCGAGAAAAGCGGAGAACUCGCUUCUCCCUACGAGUCGACUUUGACGUUUAGCAGCAGCGGCUGUCUUGACCUUCCAACUGCAGCGUGAUAAAUAUGGCUGGCCGUGCUUUUACUAAUUGGUGGUCUCUAAUGAGGCCAUACUACACUAAGGUACACCAGGAGUUGUGGGUUGGAGUCGGCAUCAUGGCAUACCUCUACUACAAAAUUUCCUACGGGGGUAAGAAGGCUGUGACGAGCAAGCCUGCACACUAACUUUUCCAUCAUGCGGAACGCCUCUUCUGUGAUAUACAUCCCAAGUUCUUCAAUCCUAAAAUCCAUCUUCCUAUUUGAAUUUUUGUUAAUAUGGAUGAAAUAAAAUUAUUAUCCCAAA